AUAUAGCAGCUUGCUGUUGAUUACCAGGGAAAUGAACUCGCUGUCUGGCGGCGCCUCCAUUCCUAACGCCACCCCCUCCCCAAACACACCCUCCACCACCAACUACCAAUUCUCCCCACCCUCGCCCCAGGCCCCCCCACCCCCGGCCGCGCCGGGCUCACUGCGGCUGCGGGCGCCACGUGAACCGCCCGAGUGGAGCCCGGGGAAAGAAAGCGCGACCCGCUCGCCCGGCUCCCGCCCUGCGCUCGCCCCCUCGUGGGCCCGAGACCGCCCGCCCGCUGGGCGCUCUGGCUGCGGCCUCGGGCGGCGCCGGCCCGGGUGCUGGCCGCCUAGGGAGCGAGGGCCAGCCGACGACCGCCACCCUGGCUUCCGGCGCGUUUCCUCGCCCUCCCCGGACCUGGAGCCCCACCCGCCGGUCUCCGAACUUCCUCCUCUCGCUGCACUUUCCGCGCCAGUCUUCGGGCCCGAGCUCUCAUUCAUUGCGGACACGUCAUUCGGAGCAGAUCUAAGCCAGAGACCAGAUCUCAUUAGAUAAAGCCCAUCAGAACUAAGAAAAUGGAGGAGCCACUAAUUAAAGCUUUUAAUUGUGCGGAUUCGCUGCAGCAAGGCAGCCGCUUUAUCUGAAAUCUUGGAGGGAGAGGAGGCAGAAGCCCAGCUCUGCCCAUCGACACUUGGCCGCGGAGGGGGAGGGGACUGGUGAAAGCGCCCCCUCAUCUUGCAGCCCCCUCCCCCGCGCUCAGGCCGGCCUUUCCCAGCUCUCCCGCAGCUUUUUAGCAAGACCUUGGUUGUUUUCAAAAAACCACAACCUCAAAGUCAAGACAGUUUAAAAGCCCCUCAGUAAAUCGCUAUGUGGUCUCAGUCGGACCAAGGGGUCCCCUUCACCUGGCGGCGGGCAAGCAGAUUACUCCACUCUUCUGCAGCGGUCCCUGCGGCAUUGAAAGCUCCUCCAACAAGUGGACUUGAGGGACAUUGGAGAGGGGGUAGCUGAGAGGAACAGCAACGUCUGCACCUUCCCACCCUUUGGACAUCUUGAUGGGCUGAGAGAGGAACACUGAAGGAAGACUUCAGUAAUCUCUUAAAUUGGAGGGGAAGGGGCGCUCAGCUGCUGGUGAGCCCUGAGCUAAGUGUGAGGCCAUCAAUUUCGUACUGAGCUAGAACUCAUCUCUCCUAGAAAGAUCUAAGGUCCUCGGGGUAGCAUGUAGUUCAAGAGCGAGCCUGGCUCCAGUUUCCAGAUUCAGAGGGAAAAAAGGAAGUAAGAACGUAGAUGCCAUUAAUUAAGGCUCAGGGCUGGGCACACAUCCUCCAUUGCUCCAUUAGGGCACAGGAAAACACCAAAAGGCCAUUUACAUUUGGCCCCAAGAAUAGAGAAAAGAAUGGACACAAUUCCCAGGAAGCCACUUGCCUAAACUUGUCCUGGGGGAAUACAAGCGGACCCAUCUUCUUUUUAAUUAGUUGUAAUCAGAAGCGAGGGGUUUUUUUGUUUCGUUUUUUUUUUUUUUUUGAAGGCACUCGGAGAAGAGAUGAAUCUGUACCAUUCACGGAAUCUUAACAGCACUGUCAAUUUUUCCACUUCAAACCACACUCCUUUCUUACCACAGUUUUGCUUUCUAUUUAAUUACAGCACUGUCAAAGCUCAUGGCAUUACUUGGAAUGAGGACCAGAAAGCAUUACACCCAUGUUCCCGCUGAUUUUCCAACAUUUACUUCUAAAAGAACACUUAGUGAAAUUAAUGCUGCCAUCUUAAUUUAAAAAUAAAAGCCCUCUCCCUUCCUGUA